AAGACGAUACUAUCGAUAAUUUUUGUACUUUAAGCAUGUGAUUAACAUAUGUUUGAUUUAAAUGCCACACUUUCUAUUUCGGUAAAACUUAUCGAUAAAAAUCAUGUCAGAAGAAUGGAAAACGCUUUCUUUAACAUUGGUAGUCUAUCCAAAAGGUGAUUUAUAUGGAAAUUUUCUAGCCUUUGUAUCAUUACUUCCAUUCGCCAUAAUCAUUGCUUUUUUUACAUUGACAGUUUUUGUUCGCGAUAUUCAUGUGAUUUUAUUCUUCAUUGGACAGCUAAUCAAUGAAGCAAUCAAUUAUUUACUCAAGAAUCAUGCACAAGCUGGUCGACCUGAAAAUAAAUUUCGUGAUCAUUUAACUUCAUCUGGAUCAUCGUCAUAUGGAUGGCCAUCAAGUCAUUGUCAAUUUAUGGCAUUCUUUGUUGUUUAUUCAUCAUUUUGUGUUUGUUUUCGUCUUAGCCGAUUGAAACCAUAUUGGUUCUGUUUUAUGCUCAUUUGUCUUGAUCUGAUUAGCUUUGCAUUUGUAUUUCAUUCCAGAACAUAUUUGUUAUAUCAUUAUGUGCAUCAAUGCAUUCAUGGUGCAAUCAUUGGAACAAUUUUUGCAAUUGUGUGGUAUACUUUAAUGAUUUUCAUUUUUGAACCAAUCAUCCAUCGUUAUUUGAUGGCUAGCUCAAUCAAUCAAUUUCUUGGAUUAUGUUCAAUUUAUUUGCCUUUGGAUGGCCAACAAAAACAUCAUAAAAAUAGAUAAAUUAUUCAAUUUACACUAAAAAGGGAGCACAAUAAUAACCCAUGAAUAACUGAAUUAUUCCAAACUUGUUUUUGUAUACAAAAAAAAAAAUUUUUUCCAUAAAUAUCAAGAGAUUUUUUAAAAAUAAAAUUCAUUCGUAAAAA